UCCCACCUCCGCCCACUUGACGCGAUGACGCACGGUAGGUUUGCGGACGUGGCGGCGGCGCACGGCCCAGAAGGCGGAGACGUUGGCGGCGGUGGCGGGGGCGGGGGCGGUGGCGGUGCCGGCGGAGGAGGGGGACUGCCAAAAUCGGAGCGUUGGCCAUGAAUUUGCCUGGGACAGGAGCCGCGGCGGCGGACCUGGCAGCCGGCUUCUUGUUGCGUCCUCGCUGCUGACAGAACAGAUUUUGACAUGGCAGGGAGACAUCAGAAUCGUAGUUUUCCUCUUCCAGGAGUUCAUUCAAGUGGUCAAGUACAUGUAUUUGGAAAUUGUACAGACAGUGAUGUGUUGGAGGAGGAUACUGAAGUGUAUGAGCUUCGAUCCAGAGGAAAAGAGAAAAUCCGAAGAAGUACAUCAAGAGAUAGACUUGAUGACAUUAUAGUACUAACAAAAGAUAUACAGGAAGGAGAUACUUUAAAUGCGAUAGCCCUUCAGUACUGUUGUACGGUAGCAGAUAUCAAGAGGGUUAACAAUCUCAUCAGUGACCAAGACUUUUUUGCCCUUAGGUCUAUCAAAAUUCCAGUUAAAAAGUUUAGUUCAUUGACUGAAACACUUUAUCCUCCAAAAGGAAGACAGGCUUCACGUCCUUCAUCUAUCCAGUAUGUUCCAGAACAACAGGAAAUUUUGCCAGCUAACAAUUCUCUUUCUUCCACUGAGUCAGCUGAUAACUUUUUAAAAGAAGUAGAUCGAGACAUAGAAGAAAUAGUAAAAUGUACAGACACCAAAAGAGAGAACCUUAAUGAGGUGGUAUCUGCUUUAACAGCACAACAAAUACGUUUUGAACCUGAUAACAAAAACAUUCAACGUAAGGAUCCUUAUUAUGGAGCAGACUGGGGAAUAGGGUGGUGGACAGCUGUAGUGAUAAUGUUGAUAGUAGGUAUAAUAACGCCAGUAUUUUAUUUGCUGUAUUAUGAAAUUUUAGCUAAAGUGGAUGUUAGUCACCAUUCAACAAUGGAUUCUUCACAUUUGCAUUCAGGAGUGACACCCCCAUCACAACAGAGAGAAGUGGAAAAUGGAAUUGGUCCAACUAAAGGAAUACCCUUUGGCCAACAUGAUCAUAAACUACAUCAUCAAGAUUCUCAGUCACCUGCUGCUCAACACAAAACAUAGCAGUUAGCUCAUAAUUACGGUGUUAAUGAUCAUGUGUAUCUGGAGUGUGGUGAAUCAAUUACCUUCAAUAACCACUUUAAAGGCAGAAGUUAGGGAGACUGAAGAUGCUCUUGUUUUUCACCCUUCUUUUUGGAGCCAGUUGCAAAUAGAUUGAGUAUAAAUUCCUACAGUUGCUAGUUGUUGAUAUUGAGAGUUGUAAAUCUAUAUCUUGUAUCAGUGCUUAAAGCAAAAAUGAAUUUAAAUAUGGGUCUAGGAAGUUCUUAACUUGGAAAAUGCAUCAUUUUUCUUAUUCAAGCCUGGUUAUGUUUAAAUUUUAUUUUUCAAGUAAUUAUUUUUUGGUUUAAGGUUAUUGUUAAAUAUAUUAAGCAAAAUAAAAUUUAUAAGCCCCCAAAAUAAUGUGUUAUGGUUAGGAAGUUGCCAAUUGGUCACUAGAACACUGGAUUAGGUCAAGACCUAAAAGUAAUCUUUGUCUCUUAAAGCUCGCUGCCUCUGCUUUCUGUUUUUUAAGUGAUUAUAUUUGCCUCUGUUAUUUGAAAGCACUUUUGUAAUUCUUUAAUGAAAAGUGUUAUAUGAAUUAGCAUUAUUUAGGAAAUAAAUCCUUACAUACUGUGAUAAUUUGUUACUGUGUUACAUGCAGUAACAUGCCUUAAUUACAUUUAAUGCCUUAUAAUAUUACUUUAAGCUAAUACAAUUUUUAGAAUUCAAGUUAAGGAUUAUUUCAGAUGGUCCAAUUUAUGUGGCCUAUGAAAGAUUCAGGCCAUACAAAUUCGUCUCCACCUUCACUAUCAAGUGAAACUUCAUAGGGUUAAAACAGAUUUGUGGCUGCCUCAGGUCUUCAGGAGAAAGUGGUUCUUUAAGCAAAAGCAAAGGUACAAGAGACCUUUUGUAUUAACAAUAACAGACAAAUUAUUUAUUGAUCUGUUAACCUAUAUUUUUCAAAGAGAAAAUGUCCAACUUAGACCUUUUUUUCCCUCUGAACUAUAGCAUCAAAUUGGGGAACAGAGGCCACAGGUGUGUGGAUCAGCUGAAAGGGCUUGAUAGUGCUACUUCCUAAGAUUUGCUGGGGAUCAGACAGUCUGGCUAAAUAAGCAUCAUUUGCAUACUGAUUUCCAUCAUUUAAUUUCUUCGAGUAUGUGUUUUAAAAAUGUAAGCAAAUGAUUCAUUAGAAGAAAGAUUUGGUGGAGUCUGGAUUGCCUGUUUGUGUAUAAUAAAGUAUGUACCUUAAGUUAUACAAUACCACCUCAUUUUCUGGGCAUUAUUUCCUAAUUUUUAAUGUUUCGGGUUUUGAUCAGUCAUUUUGUAUUUCCAACUCCAAUACUGAUUUAAUAAAAAGGGGGGGAUGAAUAAGUACAUAUGGUAAAUGAGGUUUCGUGUAUACUUUCAGGAGCAAAGUAUCAUAAGAAACAGGACAAAGAAGUCAAAAACAUUAAAGCCCUUGCAUGUAUCUGAGGACCUUAGACAAUGAAAAGUGUUAAUAUGGAAGUUGUAGCAAAAUCAUUUUUUGAGUAAAUCUUUUAGUUUGGAAUUUUAAAAACUGUCUUAAUGUGCCUUGGCAUGUUGGAAAAAAGGUAUGAUCUUUCUAAUUUACACUCAGUGUUAACUUUGUCAGUUUACAUUGUAUUUAUUAUGCCUGCUGAAAAAUCAAGUUUUAGGGAAGGAAAAUGAUUGGAUUAUUUUAGGGUAGAAUGAAGAACUUUGUUUACAUCAAAUUGAUGAAGUAACAGUCAGUGAUUCCUUUUUGCUAGUGCUACUUUGAAAUUGUGAUAGGUCUGAGUUCCAAAAUAAGUACCUUAAAGUAGUGAAGUGUACUAUGUAUUUGAUUAAAAACCAUUUUUGUCUUGCAGUGUGUCCUCUUUCGCAAAGGAAAUAUAAAAUCCUUAUGACACAAUCAGGCAGUUUCCUUUUUCUAUAUAUUUUAAUUCUAUAUAUGUCAUAUAUAGAAUUUUAGAUUCUAAUUUAUAAUGGUCAUUUAGAAAAAAAUUUCCUAAGCAUUUAAUAGAUCUAGAAUAAUUUUACCUUUUAAAAAGUACUAAUAUACAUCAAAAUUUGUAGCAAAUAAUUACUUUGUAAAACUUAAUGAGUUAUUAUUUGAUAUUGUGCAUUUUAAUUGUGUUGAAAUCCUUAUUUGAAUUUACUUGGAUGCUUUAUAUUAGAAGGUAUAUGUUAUAUAUAUGCUAACAAUUGUGAAUCAUAGCAUUUGGUUCACUUAAAAACUUGGGAGUUGUAAGUGAAGAAAAAUUUGCUAUUUUUAGGGCAGAUUAUCUUUUUUAAGGAUGGGUACAAAUGGUUAAGGUUGUUUUGAACUAUUGAAUGACAUUUAAAGCUUUUGCCAUCCUACUCCUAGAAAAUUAUGGGAUUCAUCUCUUCAAAAGAUAGGUUAAAAUGGAUUAUAUAGUCUGCUGACCACAUUAGAAUUAGAAAGAAGACUAAUGUGAAAUGAACUUUUCCAAAGGACUUUGUGUUUUUUAAAGCUUUUCUUUUUCUGAACUCUACUUGCUUGUUCAGCAAAAAUUCUUUAAAUGAACCACUACUUACUAAUUAGUUCUUUUUAAGGUAUCUAUUUCUAAAAUUACCUAGUUGGGAAUAUGAAGGAUGUUUCAGAAAUAUCAUGAAGCAAGGAUCCAGUCAAAGCGUUACAGGGUAAAGGUGGAGUUUUUAGAAGUCUGUUUUGAAAUGGUGCAUUAUGAUCGGUAUCAUUCUUAUUUUGAAUUACAACAACGUUGCUCAGGAAAUCAGUAUUUUUCUUCCAAGUAUGUGCAUAUUGCACUGUUAGAUCAUAGAAAUAUCUGAAUGCUUUAUUUAAUUCUUUUUAUGUAUGCAGAUACUAUAAAUCUUUUAAUGUAUUUUAUACAAAGGCAAAAUGGAAUUGUAGAACAAUGUUAGCAUGUACAUCUGUAAAACUGGUUUUUAAAACUUUGUCCUUAUUUUUCAUAUUUUAAAAGAUAUGCAAAAUGUAAUAAAGUUUCUAUUUUAUUAUUCAGUCUAAAAUGGAAGCUGAAUUUAAUUGAAUAAAAGCAAAACUUUUUCCUCUUUUAAACUAUUUGAUGUAGAGAUAACUAUGUAAGGUAGAUAGAAUUGCCAAAGGUUUACCAAUUCAUAUUUCCCCCUUGUUAUACAGAAAAUCCACUGGAUUAUUUAUAGGAGAUAAAUGAAAACAAAUUUCAGAUGGGUGUUCUUUGGAUGUUCUUCGGUAUCAGGGAAGACGACUUUAAAAGGCAUGGUCCAUGGCUGCUUAGCAAGUUGUCGGUCACAUAUUUAGCAAAAUGCUCUAUAUGUAAAUUUUAUCAUGAAACAAACUUUCCACUUCAAAGAUAUUUUUCAAAAUUACCGGCAGCAAAAAGAACUGAAAAAGUUUUUGAAGUUUUUAUUUAUUUAAUGGAGGAAUUGUGAUAUAAUUAUUUUUUUUCCUU